AUGGAUGGUCAGUGGCGGCGCCGUUCCACCUCCGUCGCGACACAGAGUCACCACGAGGACGUGCUGGCCAAGAGUAAGCGGGAGUGGAUUCUUGUUUCGGAGAAUGAGAAAGCAACAAGCAGCGGACAGAUACCAUUGCUGGUAGCAAACGCGGGCUGCAGCGGUGCGGGAGAGCCGUUCCCCAACCCCGAGGACUGCGGCAGCUUCCUGCAGUGCGAGGCGUCGGGAGUCGCAGCGGUCAAGCAGUGCCCCGCCAACCUGCACUUCAACGCGGAGCUCAAAGUGUGCGACUACUCGUGGUCCGCCAACUGCAAGGAGGAGGACAGCUCGUCUGCGGACAGUUCUUCUCAAGAAGGCGACGAUUCCUCAUCUGAAGAGGCAGACAAGCUCAAUGCUAAAGUCAUUAAGAAAGUACUGGUAGCAAACGCGGGCUGCAGCGGAGCGGGAGAGCCGUUCCCCAACCCUGAUGACUGCGGCAGUUUCCUGCAGUGCGAGGCGUCAGGCGUCGCAGCGGUCAAGCAGUGCCCCGCCAACCUGCACUUCAACGCGGUGCUCAAAGUGUGCGACUACCCGUGGUCCGCCAACUGCAAGGAGGCGGACAGCUCGUCUGGGGACAGUUCUUCUCAAGAAGACGACGAUUCCUCAUCUGAAGAGGCAGACAAGGCCGUUGCUAAAGUCAGUAAGAAACUAGAGUCAGGUGCACCAGCAAAGAAACCAAAGGCCAUUGCUCUUCAUGCCUAA